AUGCUCUGUCGGGCUUGGUGCGCGCCGCGGCUGCUGACCUUGAGGCCUCCACGGUCGAUCGGACAGCCUGGCCCAGCCGGCUUCCGGAGUUGCGGACGUCGAGCGCUGACAGCUGCGACCGCGGCGGUGGCCGCAAGAGCAGCACGACAGCACGAGGUUCGUGCCAUGAGUAGGAUGCCACGACCGGGGAUGGAGACAGGACUGGUGAGCUGCGAAUGGCUCAAAGCUGAACUGGAUGCGCCCAGUGGACCGCUGAAGCUGGUAGAAGCCACAUGGUAUAUGCCGAAGACCGUCUUCGGCCCGCCGGAGGGCUCCGAGGGGCCCCAGGGCGAUUUCAUGAAGGGCCCCCGGCUGCCGGGUGCCGGCUUCUUCGACAUCGAUGGGGGGUUUGAGGAGAUGCCCCCGCCCACGCGCAGCGACCAAUUCCCUGCACGUCAUGGCACGAGGAAGCGCUUGAAUGUGCCAAAGAGGGGCAAGGCAGCGCUGAGGGCCAGUUGGCAAGGACAAGGCCUGGAGGUUCUCCGUGGUCGCAGCGCCUGGAAGCGCAGUUCCACUGCGUCGCGGCGAAGACACACACCACGACAAGACCGGGCACGGGGUGCCAUGCGGCGUCAUCGAGAGAUCCGAAUUGAACUGAUGGAAGUUUUCAGUCAACCUGAUGAAGAAGCAGACUUCGAGCUCUUUGAAGAGGACCAGAUUCCUCAAUCCGAAGCCUCAGCUCUCCAUGUGAGCUUUGCCGAGGGUGGAGCUUGGAUGAAGUGCCCCGAGGGCUCCAAAGAGUCCGAGAUCGAUCGCCUGUCGCUGGCAUCCACGCGCGCAACGCCCAGAGAGGACUCAUACACUCCCCUUGCUCCACUGACACGCUGGGAGCUCGCGCUCCUCCGCGCCGAGCGCUCCGCGCGCCGGUACGCAGCGGUGGACCUUGUGCCGAGCCGGCGUUGUCCUGUGGCCACGUCCGCCGAGCCGCAUGCCACGAAAGAGUCCAUCGAGAAGUUGCUCAAGGAGUUCCAGACCAAGGUCCAGUGGAAGAGCCACCGUGCAAGUCCCAGCUUCGAGCUUUUGCGUCGUGAGUUCCUGACCAAGCAUGGGCCAAGCUUUUGCCCCAUGCUUCAAAAAGCCUUGGGAGAGGUGUCUUUAUGGCCGACCCCUCUGAAUACACCAGUGCAAAAGACAUUCUAUUCCUCCUGCUGCGGAUUGGACGGAGAUCUGAUUCCAACAUUCCAUGGGACAAGGGCCUGCAGCCUGUCAUCAAUUUACCAGAACGGCUUGGUGGUGCCGGGUGGCAAGAACAACGUGAAGGUGCUUCAUGGCAGUGCCUACGGGGUUGGCAUUUACACCGCCCGGGUUGGGAACCCUUGGCUGUCCAUGAACUACAGCUCUGGAUGGACUGGGCUUCUGGUUUGCGGAGUGUUGGAUAAUCACGAUGCCCAAACCGUGCGCCAUGCGGGUGACGCUGUGGUCGUCUUUGAUGAGCGUCGUGUGGCGCCGCUCUUCGUCGCCGUGCCGUCUUCGCAGCCAAUGGCACGAGCGCUUGGGAUCAUGCCCGGACAAGCUGCAGUGGUGCACAUGCCCGUGGAAAAGGUGCCACACCGCCGCUUCUGGUCGGCAGGUUUGCCUCACAUGCUUCCGGACGAGGAGACCUUUGCCGCAGCCAUGGCCGCCUUGGGCAUCGAGCCAGGCACCCGCGUCGUGGCCUACGACCGAUUGGGUGUCUUCUCCUCGCCCCGCUUCUGGUACACCUUGAAGGUGGCCUUUGGGCACCCCGCAGAGGUGGCCGUUCUGGAUGGUGGCCUGCCCCGCUGGAAGGAGCUAGGUUAUCCCUUGGAGGAGGGGCUGCCGGAGCCCUCCGCCCCGGCGAAGAUGUGUCGCUGGAGUAAGGUGCCGGAAGCCGUUUGGGACAAGUCGCAGGUUUUGGCGAACAUUCACUCCAAGCAGGCAUUGCACCUGGACGCCCGCCCGGUUGGACGUUUCCACGGGGAGCAACCGGAGCCACGGCCCAAGCUGCGGUGGGGGCACGUUCCAGGAAGUGUGUCCCUGGAGGCAGUGGCCUUGCUGAAGCUGCCGUACAUGCUGAAUCAGAAGGAUUUGCAGCUGGUGGUGGAGGGCGCUGGCAUCAAACUGGAGCACCUCAGGGGCGAUAUCGGCCCCAGGAUCCUGACCUCCUGUGGUUCAGGGAUGACCGCAUGCAUUCUUGGCCUGGGUCUACACCAGCUGGGCAUGCCCCUCUCGCGCUGGUCGGUCUAUGAUGCCUCCUGGUGCGAGUGGGGCGCCGAUCAGGAGACGCCCAUUGUGAAGCGAGGAGCGGAUGGCGCCGAAGAAGCAGAUAAGCGGGACAUCUACUACCGGGAGGCCAAGAAGGAGGGCUUUCGAGCUCGAUCUGCCUUCAAACUCUUGCAGAUUGAUGACGAGUUGAAGCUCCUCGAAGACAAAACAGUCCGCAACGUGGCGGAUCUUUGUGCUGCACCUGGGGGAUGGAGCCAGGUGCUGGCCUUGCGCCUGGUCUCGGACGAGCGUCCGCCGCCUCGGAUCGUGGCAGUGGACAAGUAUGAAAUGCAACCGAUUGCAGGCGUUGUUCAAGUACAAGGCGAUAUCACCCACGAGUCCACCGUGCAGCAGGUCCUUCAGCAUUUUGAAGGUGAACGAGCAGAUUUGGUGGUUUGCGACGGUGCACCCGAUGCCACUGGGCGGUCCGACUUCGACGAGUAUGUGCAGCAUCAGCUGUUGCUCUCGGAGCUGUUUGUGGCAGAGAAACUACUGAAAGAAGGCGGCGUCUUUGUGGCCAAAGUCUUCCGAGGCGAGCACUCAGGGGAGCUUUAUGCUCGACUUGCACGCGAUUUUCAGGAGGUGCUUUGUUGCAAGCCGCGCGCCUCGAGAAACAGCAGUCAGGAGUCCUUUGUGGUUUGCCGUGGCUACUUAGCAAAGGCCUUGACUGUCUACGACGCUUCAGCUCAUGAGGAGCUUUGUGAUUUAGGCCCUGGGCGCCCGGUGCACCAAGCGCGCUUCGUGGCUUGUGGAGGGAGUGAUAGCCUGGAUGCCGACACGAACUACCCGGUGGCCAGUCGACACCAAGUGUUGCAACCCGUUGCCCCUCCAAUCGCUGCGCCCUACAUGGAAGCAAUCGAGGAGAGAAGACGUGGGCAGAAACGUGCCCUUUGA